UCUGUACAAGGAGGCCAUGAUGGAGGAGCACCAGCCUCUUAUAUCACAAGAAAAUCUCAGUAAGAAAUGUGAAAAUGUCAUGUUACCACAAGAUGAAGAUAUCAUGCAGCGCUCUUCAGGAAAAAACCUAAUUUCCCUUAAUGUACAUCCAGGACUUCACAGUACAGAUCUGUCCUAUAAUCCUCCAAAUUAUGAGGAACUUUCUCCUGACCAAUCACAGAUUGUUACCACAAGUACAAGUCAGAAAAGGAUUAAAAGGUUUCAUUGUGGUAAAGAAUCCACAAACAGCUCAGGACUUUCUACACACCGAAGACGUCACAAAGGAAAGAAAAUGCAUUCGUGUUCAGAAUGUGGGAAAUGUUUCACACGGAAAUCAAUUCUUGUUAAACAUGAGAGAAUUCACACUGGGGAAAAGCCAUAUUCAUGUUCAGAAUGUGGGAAAUGCUUUACACAGAAAUCAAUGCUUGUUAAACAUCAGAGAUGUCACACAGGAGAGAAAGCAUAUACAUGUUCAGAAUGUGGGAAAUGUUUUAGACAAAAAUCACAUCUUAUUAGACAUGAGAGAAGUCACACAGGAGAGAAGCCAUAUUCAUGUUUAGAGUGUGGGAAAUUUUUUACACAGAAGUCCAAUCUUGUUACACAUGAGAGGAUUCACACAGGAGAGAAGCCAUAUUCGUGUUCAGAAUGUGGGAAAUGUUUUGCAGAGAAAUCACAUCUUGUUAGACAUGACAGAAUUCACACAUGGGAGAAGCUGCAUUCAGAAUGAGAAAAAAAAAAUUGUUUCUAAAUCCAUAAUUAGGGGUCAUUAGUGAAGUUGCACAAGAGAGAAGCCAUAUGGCCACAAUAUAAUGAAACAAUAUAUCACUUGGUCAUAGACAUGAUUUUAUUUCAGGUUGUAUAUUUGUAUAUAAAAGCUUAAUUGAUGUCACAUAACGGCUUCUAUAAAACAUCUGAUAAAUCCUGUUUAGGAAGACAUAUAUUCUGUUCAUGACUUACCGUAUUUUUCGCCCCAUAAGAUGCUUUUUUUUAACACAAAAGUGGGGGGGAAAUGCCCCUGCGUCUAAUGGGGCGAAUACUAAUGAAGACCGGAGGACCAGGAACUGGUAAAGACUCUGUACUCACUGCUUCCUGGUCCAUGGCUGUCGGCUGUGAAGGCUGCGUACUGCGUGAGGGCGCUCUGUGACAUUUGAUCAGAGCACAGCAAACAGCAAGAGGAAGAGUAUCACGAUGUAGGUGAGGAGCAGCAGCGUCCAGGAGCAGGAGAGGUAAGUGUUAUUUUAUUUAUUGAGGCUGA